UGCAUUUCCAACUCGGUCGUUCUUCACCAAAGGCUGCUGCACCUCCAGCAUCCAGCAGCAUCACCGACAAAGACAGACAUUGCCAGGUGACCGCAUCUGCCUGCUAGCGUUGAAGCCUCUCGCAGGCUUCCCCAUGCCACGCAUCACCCCUCUGCGCGUGGUCAGCCUGCUCCCCCUCGCCUGGCUGAGCCUCAUCACCACCUGGCUGGUCCUCCCAUCUCCCGGGUUCUCUCAGGUCGCCCGCUCCACCUAUGUCGACUCCGCACUCCGCCGUGGCCAGACGGUGACUGCCGCCAUUCCGUCCCGGAAACAUGGCAAAGGCUUGCUGAUAGACUGGCGGCUCGAGGCCGACGCAGAGACUGACAGCGUCUUGCUUCACAUCGGCAGACGUAACCCCGUCAACCUUACUGAUGCUGCUCUUCGUGGUGCGCAGCAUUUCAGCAAUGCCGAUGGUCCUUCGCAAAACGACGCAGCUGAUGGCCAGAACGUCUCUGUGCCCUUUGUCAGCGAGCUAACCCGUGCCGACGUUCGUCACGGGGAGGAGGACGAUUUCUAUAUCAUGCCGUGGUUUGCCUGGACAGACAAACUACUUAUCAACUACCAAUUCCGCCAUGGCACCGACACGUUGGAACUCAGAAUGGUUGUACCUGAGCCACGCGUAGUGCAGAUAUGGAGAGAUGUUACCGUGUUGCACAAUCUGACCAGCCUCGCCGACAUUAAGGAAUUCGACCGGGAGACGGGUCUUCUUGCGACGUUUUGUAACGUCCCCGUCGCAGGCUUUGCCGGAGCCCAUAUACGAGCUGCCAUCUCGAACAUUCGCACCACGAACCUGGUUGGCCAGCUCCCAUCGCGCACAUGGCCUAUUCGCUACAUUAUUGCCCAGCCUCUCUACGUCCCAGUCUUCUUCCCUUUGAACAUCUUGCGCUUAUUCGUCAUCGGGCCAGUGUCGCUUAGUGUGUUCUUUGCGGCAUGUCUACUCGCCAUAUUUUUCAAGUGGCAGCAAGCAAAACGUCCACCAUUCAGGGAAUGGAUUGCGCAGUUUGCCUCCUCCGUCCUCUGCUGCAGAGCACAGGCGAGAAAGGCUCGUAGACGUGGCAUAUGGGGUCCCAGCGGUCCUGUAGCGGACGAGGAGAGCGGCCUGCUAGGCAAGCAUCCAAUCACGACCUUUACGACGCCGCUAAAUGCGGUGUUCAAGCCUACAAAGUCGCGCCCGAGGAUAUUCGAGAAGGCAUGAACACUUCAAUUACCAUGGCGCAUCUAGUCAGCUCUUCUGCAUAGUCACGCAUGUCUUUCCUGGCGAAACUGAAACUCAUGGCUACACACAAUAUAGAAUACAGAGAUAUUCAGAAGGUCAAAAUGUAUCC